AUGAAGGACGUUAUCAAAACGGAAGAGCUCGACAUUCCUGAGGGCGUUGAAGUCGAUAUCAAGUCCCGACUGAUCACCGUCAAGGGCCCCCGCGGGACACUAACCAAGAAUGUCCGUCACAUUGACAUGGACAUCCGGCUGCAGAAGGGCAAGACCAACAAGGUCUCCCUGGCAGUAUGGCAGGGAGGGCGCAAGCAUGUCGCUUGCCUCCGCACAAUCAAGAGUCUUAUCGUUAACAUGAUUACUGGUGUGACGAAGGGCUUCCAAUACAAGAUGCGCGCUGUGUAUGCCCAUUUCCCCAUCAACAAUAUCAUCCAAGACAACGGCUCGGCAUUGGAAAUCCGUAACUUCUUGGGCGAGAAGAUUGUGCGACAUGUAAACAUGCUGGAGGGCGUCACGAUCUCAGAAUCAAAAGCGCAAAAGGAUGAGCUCAUCCUGGAGGGUAAUGACGUUCAGAAUGUUUCGCAGUCAGCUGCAUCCAUCCAGGGGGUCUGCCGGGUACGGAACAAGGAUAUCCGUAAGUUCUUGGACGGUAUCUACGUUUCGGAGAAGAGCACUGUUACGCAGUAA